AUGGUACGGUCCGUUGCCUAGGUGCUCGUAGAAGCCAAUUCACUUCGCCACGCCUGUCCUCGGUACUUGGCUUUCUGGUCCCCUUUACCUUUUGAACGGGGCGCUCCAGGACAAGAGCCGUUGUCAUGGAUGAACUGCAAGAACAAUGGAAGUGAUGAAGUUUGAAGAUUUGCUGUUCUUUGCUGCAUCAUUUCAAACCGACUUGUGUUCUAUUGGAUACCACGUCGGCUAAAUUGUUGUUUGGGAUCAGAACUUCAUCAUUCACAGAUGCUGCUUCAUCAAAGUUAAUGUCUGACCAUGGAUCAUGAGGUAACGUUCACAGCUGUUCAUUUGCUUACAGAUAACAUGGUGGCAGUCACUGUUGAGUAGCUUUGUUCCAGUGUUCAACACCGGCACAAAGCUUCUGUUUUGUUGAUCUCUGAUGCUUUUUUGUCUACCGGCAAUUUAACAAGAAUAAGUUACUGUAAAAAUGAAAGAUGCAAAAGUGGCUGUUGUAGUGUAUACAUCUUGCACCCAUAGCCAGGUGGUUGUAGUUGAUGUCUGAUCUUUAAGCCAUUUGUCCCACGAAGGCAAGAUCAUAUACCAGUUUCUGUGAUGUUUAAGUACAACAGGCACACGAGACCCGAUACCUAGCAAUAUGUUGCAUGUUGUUGGAGCAGGGACCGCUCCAGGAGUAGUUUGAAUGCUGCAUUGGGGGGGGGCGCUGCUCAGGUUACAAGCCCUGCAACCUACAGUAUUGAAUUCAGCAACAGGUGUUUAGAGCUGGCAUGCCACUCUGAUGUUGUGAUGUCCUUCUGCUGUGUGUUACACGCACCGGAUCAGCUUUCAGCGAGACUGACCACCUUGAUGUUGAACACUGUUGUUAAUGCUAUUGCUUGCAGGUUAGUUUGCUGGAUAAUUGUUUUGGCAAAAGUAAGUAAUUCACAAGUGCAAAAGUACGACUAUUUAGCUCAUUGUGCUGCAGUUGUCAUAGUGUGUCACAUAUUAAAAAGCAACCUGUAGCACUAUACAACCGCAUAAAGCAUAAACGUUAAGGACAUUUUUGCAUAUGUAGCUUUGAAAUUGUAUCAGCUUCAUGACACUUGAGUUGAAGUAUAUUAUCAUGUUAUAACUGCUAUGACAUGCAGGGUACCCAAUAACACUCAUUCACUGACGAGCCUAAUUUGUGGGUGCUUCUUGAUUCCCCACAGUACUGAGAGGGAUUUCCUUUAUUUUCCAACAUUUUACCAGCUGCAGCUGAACAUAACAGUUCAACGCGUAUGUGAUAGAUAUGAUAUCCGGUCACAAAACCUUCAGCUCCUCCUCUGGGUUUCUCAGGUGAGGACAGAGCUGGACCAGAUUUCUAUGCGGCUUCAGGAGGAUGGCUUGCCCCCAGGGGCCAGUGUGGAGGAGCAGCAGCGCCACCUGUGGCAGCAGCUGCUUGCCAAGGAGGCAACACUUGAGUCAGCCACCCAAGAGCUGCAGACCGUACGUACCCAGCAGGCCAGUGAAAUGAAGGAGGUGAACACCGGGUGUUUCAUGCGUAUGAUGGAAAGCUCCCAAGCUUCCAGUCUAUCAUACCUUUUGCCAAUUGCUCAAAAUGGUCUGUCAGUUCCUGUCAGCAGUUUGAUUUUUGUCUGUCAGGUGGAAAGCUAUGUUGAACAUAUUCGAGGGAUGCUGGAAGAGCGAGAGUGUGUGACUUCAGACUAUGAGAGAGACAAUGAUCACUUGCGACAACAGCUUAACCAGAUCACACAUCAUCAAGAGAUUCAGAGCAAGGAGCUGGCAGAGAUGUUGGCUCUGGAGGACCUCGGGGAGAUGAGCUUGAGCAGCCCCAGCGAGCAGGUGGCUUACUUGCUGGUGGAGAGGACCACACUUCUGGAGAGGCUGGAGGCGGCUGAGAGGAGACUGGAAAGUCAGAGCCUCACUGUCGACCAGGAGCACAUUCGCAACACGAUGGGAGAAGAGCUAAGGCAGCAGAGGGAGGAUACCAAAGAUAACCUGACGAAGUGUUCAACCCAGAGUCCAUGGAAGAAGCUCUUUGGGCUGCGCAGGUCUGGUCAGAGCAAACACAAUAUUACCCCUGCCCACGGUGAGCAGAUUUCCCAGGAGCGAAAUGAGCGGCAGCGGCUGGAGCGGGACCUUGAAGAGGCGUCUAGGAGGCUGGCGAUGGCUCAUCAGGAUAUUCGCAGACUCACCAACGAGCUGGAUGCCGCCAAAAACAACAACCUCGACCAAAAUGGAUCUGAGCUUCAAGGAACGGUCCAAGAAGUAGAGAACCUGAGGAAGGAAGUGGAGAAACUGAAACACUGUGAUAUGAUGAAGCUGCAGCGAGCCAAAGAGCAGAAUGACACGCUAGACGUUGAGAACAGAGCUCUGAGGGAGAGAGUCCGCACUUUAGAGUCUGAAAAUAAAAAACUCCUGGACCAGUUGGCAAUAAAUGACGCAGACCAACAUGUUGUGACCAAAGACGAUCAAAAGGACAAAUGCAUAAGCAGUGAACAACAAAACAAUCUGUCUGGCUCUUCAACACAAGACGAGGAUUACAUUCACAAACGGUGUCAUGAGGCGGUAGAAGACAGGCUUAUUCAAAUGAGGGAUCUGCAACGGCAACUCCAGAGGCUACGCAAGGAUCUGGAAGAGCUGGGGGAGAGGAAUGAAGAGCUGGAGGCUCUGCUAGGGGAGGCCCAGAAUGCCAGCAAGGGGACGAGGCAUCGCCACGAGGGAGAACUAGAGGGACUACACAGGAGGAUCAAGGCCCUGGAGGCAGAGUUGAAGAAGCAGGAGGUCCAUGAAAUAAUGUUGAAGAAUGGUGAGGAGGUCAAAACCACUGAGUCCUACUUGCAGCUGCACCUACGGGACAGCAGCCAGGACAGACUGGCUCUUCUAGAGGCUCGUCUGACUGAGGAGAAGGACUGGAGGAAACAGCUGGAGGUGGACCUCAGUGCUGCCCAGGCCGCCCUCAAAAAAGACAAGGAGGCUUUGCAGAUAGGUGAGCGAGAGCUGAAGAAGCUGAGACUUGAUGUCAAGAGCCUUCAGACAGAAUGCCAACAAGGGAAAACACUCAUCAAGAGCCUAACCCAAGUCAAGGGGGAAAAAGCAGUUCUGGAGGAGAAGGUGGCCCAGAUGGAGCGUGCCCACAGCCGGCUCGGCAACGAGUUGGAGCGCUACAAGGACAGCAACCGAGCCCAGGAGGACAAGAAGCAAAGCAGGCUUCAGGUUGACCAGCUGCAGGUGCAGGCUGACCGGCUAACUGCUGAACUCAGCAGCCUCCAGACGACACACAAUGCCCUGAGGGACGAGAUGGUAUCUGAGCGGCUGCAGACUGCCGAGCUCCAGGCCAAGCUGAGCUCCAGUGUCCAGGAGAAGCUGACAGCUGAGGGGCAAAGAGAGAGACUGGAGCUUGAGAUGCAGCGCCUCACAGAGCAGCUCGAGUGGCAUCAAGAGCAACUCUCCUCAACGAAGGAAGCACUUACUAGCAGCCAGAAGCCUGAACAGCACCCAGCUCAUAUAGAAUCUAGGCUUAGUCCAGUGGAGAGGACCAAGGAGGAGUGGUUGGAUCAGCUUUCAUGUGUGAAGCAGGAGCUGAAUCAUCUGCAGACCAAGCUGGGGGAGGAGCAGCAGCUGGCCUCUCAGCACCAACUGGCACUGGAAGCUCGGGUCAAGUCCCAGGACUCGGUGCUGAGCCAGAAGGCAGAGGAGGCUAAACAGAUGAAGCAGGACCUGCAGAGGACCCAUAGCCUGUUCACCUCAGCAGAGAGAGAGCUGCGCUACGAGAAGGAGAAAAACACAGACCUGAAGAGACACAACACCCUGCUGGACCAGGAAAAACUCAAACUUUGUGCAGAGCUGAACCAGGUCCAGACCAAGCUGGUCCAGGUGGAGCAGAGUGUCCGCACACAAGCUGCUGAGUGUGAACGGCAGCAGCAGAAGAUCAGGGAACUGGAGUUGGAACUGGCACGCAACUCUACAAACCUCAGCACCACCACCGGUCUGCAGGAGGACCUGCAGGCCGAGAGGGCACGGCUCAUUGCUGCUGACAGGAAGGUGUUGGAGCUGCAGCUGCAGCUUAAGAGCGUCCAGCACCAGCUGCGCGUGGAGGAAGCCCGGGCCGGAGAGAGCAGCCGCCUGGAGAGGGACAGCAGGGAUCUGUCUGACGCCUUGUUGGCUCUGAGAGCCCAGCAGCAGGAGGAGCACAUCACCAGGAAGCUGUUAGAGCAGCGUGACGAGGAGCUGCAGCAGCAGGUGCGCUCCCUGAGGCUGAAAGAGGCCUCCAUGACUCGGACAAAUACAGAGCUCAGCCACCGUGCCCAGCAGCUGGUCACCCGUCUGAACAUCCUGGAGGCGGAGCUUAGCAAGGCCAGAGAGGAGGCAAGAGACAGCCAGAAGUCAAGCCACAGACUGCAGGAGGACAUGAUGGCCAGUCAGCUGGAGUGUGAGAGACUGCAGGAGGAGCUGCAGCAAGUUCUCCUCCAACUGGACGCACACGGCAGAAAGUACAACGAAAAGCAGAGUCAGCACAAGAUCAGGCUGCGUAAAGCCAAGCAGGAGUAUCUCAAGGAGACUGCCCAGAGGGAUCGCAACAUCCAGAAACUGGAGAACGACCUGGUGAUGGCCUCCAGCCUCUCAGACAAGGAGAAGGACAGGAUCCAUACAGUGACGGAGGAAAAUGAGAAGCUCUUGGAGGAGAAAAGGGAACUGUUGCGGAAGAUGAGCGAGGCAGAGGAAAUGGGCAGCAAAGGCAUGAGGACCGCCUCCACCGUCCAACACAGGGUCAACAUCUUAGAAGUGGAAAACAGACAACUUCAGGAUCGAAUCCUGAAGCUCUCCAACCAAGUCAGUUCCUUAGAGCGCGCCCUGAGGAACGUCCAAUCAUCCUACAGCCUGGAGAAUGCCAAGAAAGCGCUCCCCUCUGACAGUCUCUGUGAUAGCUUCCUGCAUACAUCUACGCUGAGUCUGACGUCCGGUUCGUGUGACCCACUCGAGAUCCUUGAUGCAAUCUGCCGCGUGAAGGUGUCCGAUCGCGCGGCGGCGGACGGCACUCGAGCGUCUGUCUCCACACACCAACCGUCAGAGCAGAGCUACCUGAACCUCACCUCACCGUUAGUUCUUCCAGACACCACAGGCACAGAGGGGAGCUCUUAUAACAGUGACCGGGUGUGAGCGGUGGUAGGUGUCUUCAACAGCGAGCUACCAGCGAGGACAUGUGCUAGAAGUCAAUGUCCUGGGUUGUACUAAAGCAUCCGCCACUUCCACUGGAGACGAAAGUCAGAAUAAAGGAGUGAAAACAUCGAGGAUAAUAAAUAAUCCUUGUUUUAAGGCAGUAAUAAUGAAAUGGGAGCUCCCACUGGAGCUCUGCUCAGGGUGAUAUCUCUUUUGUAUUGCAAAGCUGAUUGUUGUUCGGCUUGCCAGCACUUUUUUUUGAUCCAGAUUCAGAAUUUACAUUUGGUGGUAUUAUUUAAAAAAAGCCUGUGCAAGUGUCAAUUUUUAUGGCAUAUGUAGAAGGAAAGCGAACGUGAUGGAAGAUUUAAUUUGGAAGCUAUACACGUGGCACAUCAGAAUGCUUCAAAGCCUUGUGUUGGCUUAUGAAAAAGAUGAUUUAUUUUUUUAAUGUAAUGGUACAAGAUAAGACAAUGUACUUCACACUAGCACAGUGAAUGUCUAAAAGACAUUCCAUGAGGGAGGUUUGAGUGAGACUAGUUUAAACUGAGCACUUUAUGAGAAGUUUUACUCGUGUUUAGUUUGUAAACUGUAGUGGAAAAUGUAGCAGUAUGUCAAUGGUACGUAUUUUUCUGAGUUGAGUUUAAUCCUGGCAGUGUUUUCAGUGAAAAAAUGCCAAUGGUGUUGUAUGUCUAUGGUUUUACUGUGUCAGAAAUCUUAGCGCAUUUUUACUCAUGUCAUACAGUAUAUAACGUUGAUAUUGUGCACUCGCUUGCCUAUUGCAUGUGACGUGUAGCCACUCCAGUAUUUACAAUUUGCUUCUUAGUUUGUAAUUUUAAAACAGCCAAAUGUCAGAAUUAUUUUUAUUUUUUUUAAAUAAUUGGUCAACCUCAAUAGUUUCCUCCAGGGACGCUCAUUCAGAAAGUAGUUACACCCUUUUACGAAGAGAUGUGUGGGAAAUAAAUACACAUGAACUAGUACUAUUUAGUGUAAAUAAUAGUAUUGUACAGUGUGGAAAGCGUGCUGUAUUUUGUCUACAAUGUGCCUGAAAUCAUGAAGUGUUGAACUUUAUCCUGCUGCUGCGUGAACACGUCAAAUAACAAAAGCCUAUUUGCAACAGUUAUCUAAUCGACAAGAAACUUUGACUUGUGUUGCAUCCAUGUAAAUACUUUUUUAAACAAAUAUUUUCAUAAAUAAAAGUGAAUAAAUCAGCGUAAUGUUUGUUUCCUCACCACAUGUCAGCAGGUACAGUUUUCAGUAAAAAACAAGCGAUCAGUGAUGAAUUUAUAACAGUCUGUUUAUUAAACAAGGUAAAGAUACAAAGCUUGUUUUCCUUUUUUAAACAUUGAUAACCUUAGUUUAACUUCUCAGUCUUGGCUGUGCAUAUUUAGUUGUCUAGAAACUGUAUAUGAAACCACAA